UUACACUCCGGAAGAUGGCGUCAAACUGGAAGUUGUUGACAGUCUCAUAUGCCAGGAAAAUUAUUCUUUUGGCGCUUCUAUUGAACAUUGACGUUUGUUUAGGUUUUGCAAGUACAACUAUUAAUUGUAUGAAGAGUGGACAGGAUGGACUCUCAACAUGGUUAAUCUGCACAGUGAAUGGUACUGUAGUUAGUGGUAUCAGAUGGAUUCGGCCAAAUGGUAAUAAUCACCUAGUGGUGGCACAAUGUAACCUAGCUAAUGAUCAAUGUAUUCCACCUGGGAAUAUAAAAGGCUACAAUGUUUUAAUUGAUCCGUCUACAGGGCAGCAUACACUUACCAUAGAUUCGUUUAACUCUUCAACUGAUGCUGGAGAAUGGGCUUGCCGGGAUGGAACAGGAAGUGGCCAAUUUACAUGUAUUAAGACUUUAACAGUUCUCAAUCCAGAGAGUGAGGUUUCGGAAUCCACCAUUAUUUUAAUAGUGGCUGCUGUUCUACUGGUCAUCAUCGCGGUUCCAGCAAUAUGGUUCUGUAACAAGAGGAUGAAGCGGCAACCGAAGCCUGAGGAAGAGCAAACUGAAAACAAAACUCAAGAGGCUGAAGAUGAAAAGGGCCAACAUGACAAAUGAAAAUCCUUCUUUUGAACCCAGCUGGGGUUGAAAUAAUAUAUAGAGAAUCAGGUGCCAACUGGUGAUCAUGAUGAGUUACAUUGGGGCCUAGUUAGGAACUAUAGGUGAUUAAGACCAACUAAUUAAUUGUCAACUAUCAUUGAUCAUUGGCAGGGGCGGAAUCUCGAUCUUGUAAAUAGGAUAUCACAACAUUCUAAAAAGGGCAUGUAUGAGUUCCUCAAAGGCAAAUGAGCCCAGCUCACAAAGGUAGCGAAAUCUAUAAUUGUUCGGGGACAUGCUCCCAAGAGAUUUUAAAAUAAACAUGCUUUCAGGGCAAUUUAGUGUUGUAUAUUGUAGAUGAUUUUUUUAAAGUUAUUAAAAAGGGUAGUACAAAUGCGGGGGUGGUGGUCAUGGGACUCCCUUGUAGAGCCGUUAAUGACUGGAACAUCACUAAUUAAUAGUAAUAAAAUACUAUAGCCACAUUAUGUAGUAUCCAGACAUCAUUACUUUUUUUUUUUUUUAGAAUCUCAAACUGUCUUAGGCCAGCUGAUUUUACCCACAUUAAUAUCUUAAUCAGGAUUUUUUUCUGAAUCUAAAUAUUUAUUCAAACGGGGUGGGAGGUGUGGGGGGGGGGGGGAGCAAUCUCGUACGCUUAUGGCUAUGACGUCACGACGGUUAUACGAUACCGUAGAGCUCUUUUCGCUUAACAAAUAUGGCCUUUAUUUUUAAUGAUCAGCCACUAUUGUUUGAGAUAGCGAAUAGAAUAAGGUGGAGAGUGGUUCAGAACUCCUACAUUAUAUAUAUAAUUUUGUUAUUUUAGAGUUCACAUAUAACUUUAAACUUACAUGUGUGUGCUGACCAGUACAAAACGCUGCAACUUGUUUUUUUCAAUCGGACACCACGAUCCUGAACACGGGAAUAGGCCCUGGGGUGUCGGGUUUCUUCUUGUAAGUUUUGUAGUAAUCACUAACGUUAGUUUAAUGUGAGGAAACUCAGACCAGAUUUGUAUAAAUGUGUGUAUUUAAGAUACAGUGCGGGUAGGUGGCUACCAUUUGGUUGUUGAAAAUUGACGAUCUGUUACAUAGAGUUCGCUCUAGCUCUGGCCCACUUAUAAACAGGGUAAGAGGACACUCGAGCUAAUCAGAUAUCUGGAUUGGUCUUUGUUUUGUUUGUUUUUGUUUGCUUAUUCUCAAUUAAAUUCUUGUUUAUUGACAGAAUAAAUUAUAUACCUAGUUAUGACGUUAAAGUGAAGAUAUGUUUCAUCACCAAUAUUUAUUAUUUGUUUGUUGUUGG